AUGGAGAAGAUCCGGAAACAAGGUACACCUGGUGCAUUUUACAUCGCCUCAGCUACACUGGCACAAGCUAUUGUUGCUGUGAUUGCAAUGCUCGGGAUGCGCAUCUACGCUAAGAUUGCACGCUUUAUUGUAAUAUUUCCACUAAUUUGUUUCACGGCAUGUACAAUUUACGCAAUGUGCUAUGCCGGCCUUUGGAAUACGAUUGGCUCAAUAGCAGAAGGAUUUUCGCCAAAUAGACAGGAAUUUAUGUCAAUCGAGUCAUGGUCUGUUGCUGCACUUCACGCGAGCAUUGCCUGUGGUAAACCAACGGGUAGUGCUAGAAUAGCUCGUCAUCGUAAGCGCAAUCUUGAGUAG